CAGACUGAUGUAGAUGCAAUUAAAACGUCUUUAUUUAUGCUCCAAUAAACGUUGUCUCAAAAUGACUUCUUGUAAGUUUUCCUUGUUCACAUACAUGUAUAAACAGAGUCCAUAUCUUGAAGACACAGCAUAUGAUCAUAGUCCAUAAAGCUUUAGCUGUUAAUUUAACAGGUCUUUUCUCUUUCAUACUCAUUUUCAACACUAGGCAAACUUUGUAACCCCAUCAGAAUCCGUACACUCUUCAUUUUACAUUUUGCAAACAACUGUGAAAAAAAACAUAAUACUAAAAAAAAAAAAAACACCACAGUUUUUUGCAACCAAUGCACUGGAAUUACGUUUGACCCCAUUGUGUGCACACAUACUUUCAUAUGGCCAUUGUAAUGUUGCAACAACAAACAUAUUCCAGUCGAUCAGUCCUGGCGAGACGAGCGUACAGUGUAAAUCCAGCAACAAAUGCAGCAAGUGAGAAGAAAGAGUCCAAACGAAUCCAACGAUUAAAGCUGAAAUAAUUUCCACGACGAAUCCAGCCAGUGAAGCACAGUUUUUGACUGUGUAACAGCAUGCAGACUGAUGUAGAUACAAUUAAAACAAACGUCUUUAUUUAUACUCCAAUAAACAUUGUCAUUGUACGCUACUCUCCUUAUUUUGUGCAGCCAGCGCGCACGAAGGUUGGUGUCCUUCGGGAAGCGAUAGAAGCUCAAAUGGCUGUUAAGGCCAAUUCACACCGCACCGACAAACGCCAACAAACUCGUCUGUUGGAGUUUGUUGGAUAGGUGUGAUACCCCUGUUGGCGUUGGUCGGAAUCUGUUUUCACCCGACUGAACAUGUUUAAUCGGCGUUUGUUGGGUCGUGUAAUAUCUGAGCAGUGUGAACAGUUUUCCAACAAACGGCAACAAACUCUGACGUAAUCUGACCUGGCCACGAACCGUUGCCAUGACGAUGAGGCAAGUUCCCCUGCAAAGACAGCUGUUUGAUCGCGCCCGCGCCUCACGCACACACAACAAAGCACUGGAAACGUGACAUCGCAGCUUGUUCAUUAUAAAAAAUAAAAUACAGUUUAAAAAAACAAACAAAAAAAAAAAAAAACAUAUAAAAAGGUCAAAUAGUCUGUAGUGCAAUCCGUGCCAUUCAGCAAGAGCACUGCUCGACUUCACCGAAGGAGAGAGGUAUAACCACCAUGAGAGCAACGCAGGUUUACCUUCAGUUUCGUUUUAAAUUAAUUCGUUUUGGCUUGUUUAGCUACACGGUUAUAGGCCUAUGGGUCACAUAAAUAAAAAGGUUCGCGCUAAAAAAAAAAAAGUUUAAAAACCGGUGUAUACCAACCGCAACGCAAUAGGUUGCGAUCAGAUCGAUGGCUACAGCGCUUCGGAUUUCAGAAUUCUAAAUCCAACGGCCAACUUGUUCGUUGGCGUUUGUCAGUGCGGUGUGAAUUGGCCUUUACCGACUUGAAGCAGAGCAAAGUGGCACACAGCACAGCAGUGCUCCGUAGAUCCACCCUCAGUUCUUUGAAACUUAGGAAUGGACGCAAAAGUACACGGACCACGGACCUAACUUAAACAUCUCAAUCCUCCCUAUAAUUCAUCUGCCCGUCCAUGGUACUGGCUAGAGGAACUAAAGAGCAGUGGAAGCAGCACACGAAACUUACCGUGGUGUGGGCUGUGUGGGCUUACGGAACGAACGCGGCGCCAGUUCCGUUUUUUCCAAAAUGACCGAUCGUCUCUCUAGAUAAGACCCCUUAAAGCCCUUUGAAGCUGCACUGAAACUGUAAUUUUGACCUUCAACCGUUUGGAGAGACCAUUGAAGUCCACUAUAAGGAGAAUAAUCCUGGAAUGUUUUCAUCAAAAUUUCUUUUCGACCGAAGAAAGAAAGACAUGAACAUCUUGGAUGACAUGGGGAUUGUGUUUCCAUUGACAUGCAUUAUACGACUGACAGACUGCAACGGUUGGAGUUAAAAAUCAUCAUUUGUGUUCUACUGAAGAAACAAAGUCACCUACAUCUUGGAUGCCCCGGGGUCAUAACACAGUCUCGGAGGUAAGAAGUGGAUUAUUCUUCAUCUGAAAUGUUUUUUUCAUCCUGAAAUGCGAGGCAAACGUCAUAUCACAGUAAUUAGGAACCACAGUUUCCACAAAUCCCUUCACUCGAUUGGGAUGUUCUCUUUUAUUCUGGACAGCAAGGGCAGUGACUGUAAUAUUGAGCGUAUUUUGCAGUAUUAAACUCGUAUUUAUACCGAUUUCAUCAGGCUCCGAAAAUUCUUCAAAAAGAACACAAAGAAUGGCCUUCUCAGUUGCCAUAGUUGCAACUCUUGCAUCAUCAGAACAGGGUGUUCAACGCACCACCGUUUCCGUUUAAAAAACGUUUCGCAACGUUUUGUCAGGGCUGAACGCAUCCCUGAAAUGUACUGUGGAUCUUGUGCAUGUUCAUUUGCACCAGUGUUGCCAAGUCCGCGAUUUUCCCGCGGAAUUGGGCUACUUUUACACUGUUGCCGCGGGUUAAAUCGACCCAAAAUAACGUGAUAUUUAGCCCCUGGAAUGCGAUUUUACCAGGGGAGCCCCGCCAAAAACGCGAAUUUUACCCCCCAGAAAGCGAUUUUUACCGUGGGACCUCCUGAAAUGCGAUUGGGCUAGUUUUGUUGUUAAAACCUGGCAACCCUGAUUUGCACGAGACAAAACCUUGUGAGGAACAGAAACUUAUAUGAGGAGCCGCCCAUGAUGACUGACCUUGUUUUGGAGAGAACAUUGUUUUCUCCGUUAUAAAUACAGCCGUGAGCUCAUACGAAGUGCAGAUCGCCACUGCUGGAGAGAAAACAUCUACAAAACCAGACCACUGCUGCCCAUCAUGAUGAAUUCCCCACUGAAAAGCAGCCUUGAGAGGCUGGAGUGCCACUUCACAUGGGAUCUGGGGCAACAUCGAAAUGAGCUUCAGGGGAUGAAGAGGCACAUGCAGGAUGUGGACCAGGAAAUGUGCACUUGGCCGGUUCACUAUUACAACCUGCUGGGCUACAUCCAUCAGGCUCUUGGCUCCAACACAGAGGCGCUGAUGAACCUGGACAAAGCAGAAAGUGUGAUCCAGGAGCAGGGAACAGAAGAGGCUGGAGUCCGGCUGCAGGUCAACAAAGCUAACCUGGCUUGGGUCUACUUCCAUUUGGGAGAGCUGGAGAAGAGCAAAGAAUAUCUAGAAGAGGUGGAGAGGCUUCAGCGAAUGCAUCCUGCUCCACCUGGAUGCACUUUACACCCUGACGUCAGUGGAGAAAAGGGCUGGACGCUGGUGAAGUUUGACUUGUCAAAGAAGUGUCAGGCGAUUGAUUACUUUAAAAUGGCUUUAGAAGCACAACCAGAUAGGAAGGAAUGGCACAAAGGUCUUGCCGUGGUGAUGAGCAAGGAUUGUGUACAGUCUAAAUUCACUCCAGAACAGAUUGUAGAGCAACUGAAAAUCGCAUAUGAGAAAGACCCAAGUUGUUUGUUCCUUCACGCUCUUUAUUUACUAAAACUAUGCGAUCAGAAAAAUGUGUCAUCAAAAAACAUUGAAAGGGAGAUGCAAGAUUUACUAGAAAGAAUUCUUGAAACUGGAAACCUGGAGGGGUUGCACCCUAUUCUCUGGUAUUACAGAAAAGAGAUUUCUUUUUGUAAAGCUAAUCAAAUAGCAGAGACCGUUCAAGAAAAGUUCCCCACUUCAGUUUCAGCAUUGAAACUUUUGGCAAACAGCUACAAAUGGAUGGUUUACGACAUGGAAGGAAAUGAGGAAAAGGAAAUUUUUGCUAGGAAAGCCAUUAAGCUCUUUGAGGAAGUUGUCAGACAUAACCCUUACUCAUACAAAGUAAAGAUGUCCCUUGCAUCAAUGCACAAAUAUGCACACAACAGGAAGAGAUCAGAUGAGAUUUACCAGCAGCUCCUGUCAGAGAUAAAUUAUCUUUCUCCUCAAAGGCAACAGAAUAUUUACUACAAUUAUACCUUUCAUCUACUUGACUGCAGACAGUAUGAAGAAUCAAUCAAAUAUCACAUGAAAGUAGCAAAAAUCCCAAGUGAUUCAGUUCACAAACAGAAGAGCAUAAAGAUUCUUCAAAAAACUUUGAGAAAAGGUAGAAGCCCUCAGUGUGAGGAAAUUAUGCUUAUUCUGGAGAGAAUUAAUAUUUCUGAUUAAAAUGUCAUACUUCAUCAAAAAACAAACAAACCUUCCAUUUGUAUAAAUUUGCCACAAUUCUAAAAAUUUUAUUGGAGGUGGGAAAAUUUUCUUUCUCUUGUAGCAUCUGGACCAAUCAGACACACACAAAUUAUUCAUUAUUUAACGAAUAAUCCAACAAACUCACUCUCCCAACAAAGGUGUGUGACCCAUCCCCCAAAACUGCAACUACCAUCCCAAAUGCAGCCAACACCAGGUCUCUGGUUACAGGGGGUAUUCCAGAAAGCAAGGUUAACUUACCAUCACAUAUACCCUGAACUCUCGGCUGAUUAACCCAAACUUUGCUUACUUGAGGUAUGCUGGUUCCAAAAACGCGUCCAGGAGUAAGUUCAGCCAACCCAGAGUAUGUUCCCGGUUAACACGCAAGACAUUCUCAACAGAGCAAUGAAUCAAUGAUUCACCAUGGAAACAGACGCUAAGAAAAAUCACACCAUUCUACUUCUUUCUUCUUUUGUUUAAUGCCGAUUUACAUAACCAACUUGGUGCACAUCACCACCUAUUUGGUGGUUGUACCAUAAUUUUUUCAAUCUUUUAAUAAGUAAUCUUCUAUUCACUGAGAAUAAGAAUUAUAUUGUUUGUUUGCUAAGUAUUUAAUAAGAUAUCUCAUAUGUAUUUUAUUAUAGAAAUUAUAGCAUAGAAAACGUCUUGUUAUAAAAAGGGAGAAUAAUGAAGAUACAUGUGUGAGAUGAUGACAAAUACAUAUAUUAGAAUUGAAUAAACAUUUAAACAUUACCACUUUAUAAUAAAAUCACUGUUGUUAUAUAUAACUGUAACAAUUUGUUAUAUAUAUUGUUACAUUAAUAUGACCAUAUUAAUUAUAUAAC